GCGGUGAGCGCGGCGUGGGGCUGCCCCUUCCCUGAGGCGGCGGGGGCGGCCGGGGCCGCGCCGCACCGCACCGCGCGGGCGGCCAUGGAGCGAGCCUAGGGCGCCGCAGGAAUUGUGGGAGGCACCUCAGUGAAGAAAUGGACCAGUGUGUAUAAUCAUGGAAUCUCCUUGCUGACAAUCACCACCUGCUCUCCUUGAUAAGUGAGAGAGAGUAGUCAGGGGAGAAGGAAAAGAGGUCAACAUGAAGCUAAAGCAGCGAGUCGUGCUGUUAGCAAUUCUCCUUGUCAUCUUUAUCUUCACCAAAGUUUUCCUGAUUGACAACUUAGAUACAUCAGCUGCCAACCGGGAGGACCAGAGGGCCUUUCACCGAAUGAUGGCUGGCUUGCGGGUAGAGCUGGUGUCCAAGCUGGACCACACCUUGCAGUCUCCCUGGGAGAUUGCAGCCCAGUGGGUGGUUCCCCGGGAAGUGUACCCUGAAGAGACACCAGAGCUGGGGGCAAUCAUGCAUGCCAUGGCCACCAAGAAAAUCAUUAAAGCUGAUGUAGGUUAUAAAGGGACACAACUGAAAGCCUUACUGAUACUUGAAGGAGGACAGAAAGUUGUCUUCAAACCUAAGCGGUAUAACCGAGACUAUGUGGUAGAAGGGGAACCAUAUGCUGGUUAUGAUAGACACAAUGCAGAGGUAGCAGCCUUUCAUUUGGACAGGAUUCUGGGUUUCCGCCGAGCCCCCUUGGUGGUUGGCAGAUUUGUUAAUCUGCGGACAGAGAUCAAGCCUGUUGCCACGGAGCAGCUCUUGAGCACCUUCCUAACCGUAGGAAAUAAUACUUGUUUCUAUGGGAAGUGUUAUUAUUGCCGAGAAACAGAGCCAGCCUGUGCUGAUGGAGACACAAUGGAGGGGUCUGUCACGCUUUGGCUUCCAGAUGUGUGGCCUCUACAGAAACACCGACACCCAUGGGGCAGGACUUACCGAGAGGGCAAAUUAGCCAGGUGGGAGUAUGAUGAGAGCUACUGUGACGCUGUGAAGAAAACAUCCCCUUAUGACUCUGGCCCUCGCCUCUUGGACAUCAUUGAUACAGCUGUCUUUGAUUACCUGAUUGGCAAUGCUGACCGCCAUCACUACGAGAGUUUUCAAGACGAUGAAGGCGCUAGUAUGCUCAUCCUUCUCGAUAAUGCCAAAAGCUUUGGGAACCCCUCGCUGGAUGAGAGAAGCAUUCUUGCCCCUCUCUAUCAGUGUUGCAUCAUUCGGGUUUCUACCUGGAACAGACUGAACUCCCUGAAGAAUGGUGUGCUGAAGUCUGCCUUAAAAUCUGCCAUGGCCCAUGACCCCAUCUCCCCAGUGCUCUCUGAUCCUCACCUAGACGCUGUGGACCAGCGGCUCCUGAGUGUCCUGGCCACCGUGAAGCAGUGCACUGACCAGUUUGGGAUGGACGCAGUGCUGGUGGAAGACAGGAUGCCUCUCUCCCACUUGUAAUUCUCCACAAAAUAAGUGAAACUUCUUUUUACAAAGAUAGAGAAACAGCACAAUCAAUUCCGAAUGGUAUGAGGUGGAUUGGAAAUGGCCAGCAGCACGUUCUGGUGACAGGGGACAGGGUGGCCUUGGAUUUCUUUGGUGUUUGCUGUAGUAGAAGUUGAAACAAAGACUACAAGUUUCAGACCACGGAGCUGUACCUGCUGAACCACCUUCUGACUUCCUCGGCAUAUGCCCAUUCUAGCAGUGGGCGUCACAGUUGGUCAGUAUUAAUUCUCAUGCCAAAGGACGAAUUAGAGGUGUGACAUUUGAAUAGGUUAAUGUUGGGGUUGGUUCUGGAGUGUGUGUUUUGAGUCCAUCCUUAUAAUCCUUUCUCCACACUUGUGGAUUUUCCGAAAACACUUUGUAAUCUCUCGGGUCCUUUUUCACCAGGACUGGUCAAAUUGGGAAUUUUACUGCUUCCUAAGGAGUGGCAGCAAGUAAGCCAGCAUUCUGUUGAGCCAAAGUAGCAUGCUGUGUUGGAGGGACUAUGUUUUUAAGAUAGAAUUAGAGGAAGGACAAAAGCAGGAAAGAUGUUUGGGCUUUUAAGUGAGUAGGUGGUGCUUUUGAUGAUUCUUAAAGGAGGGAAGAAGAGAGAGAGACCUGCUUGGUAGAACCAGAAUCAAGGCGGUGAUUGAAUUAGUGAAAAAACAGGUUCCCCUGUAUUUAAGUUCUUAACGUAUAUAAAAGCAAGCAUGACUUGUACCUAAGUAAGAUUUGCAUUCUCGUAAUUGUGUCCAAAUUAAUCCAAAAAAGUGUCCCUGGAGAACCUACCAUUACAACCCAAGCACAAUUCUGUUAUGGAGACUUUUUUUUCCUUUUGCCCAAAGCAGGCAAAUCCUUUGCAAAUUAUCAAAGCAAACUGAAAUAACAGCUUGAAUAAGAGUUAGGUUGCCUGUCUUCUCUGCCAUCCUGAUUUCUAAAAUGAAUUUCCACUUCUGUCUUCAAGGCAUUUGGUCAUUAAAGCUGCUGUUCCCAAGAGAUUGGCGAUCCUAUUUGUGCCUUUCUUGUGAGAAAAGCCAGCUCGCUCCUACAGAUAAUAUAGUUCAGAUCCUGCUGGUGGCUGGACCUAUCUUGUGAUUUGGGCCAUGUGGAAGGCUGGAAACAAAGAUUUUAAGCCUUCUGAGCCUUAAAAUUAAGGUGGUUACCAGGAAGAGCCUUAAGAUUUUGAUUUAUGUCAAACCCUGAUUUCAUCAUUUAAUCUUGUUUGGAGUUCUGAACCCACGAUGUAGUAUUGUCCUUCCGUCUCCUAUUAGCACUUUCAAAUUUCAAGUUGCUAAAACAGGCUUAGUUCUGUGUUCUGCCAAAGCGAUUUGACAUAUAAGCACUUGCAUUAAAAUACAGGGCAGAGGAAACUAGGCCUGGUGUGCCCACUCACGUGUCCUCAGAGGUGGGUGCUUCUCUCCUGCAUUUUGUCUGGGGACUGUUCCGGUUUUGACUUCUGUGAAGCAGACACUAAUAUUUAAACAGUGUGGUUGAACAAAUUUACUGCCAGCCAUUGGAGACCAGUUUUAGGUAACCACCCUUUCAAAAACAGUUUAGAAUUUAUGCCCCAAUUUUCUCAAAUUGAAAGAUAACUGAGUACCCCAUAACUACUUUAAAGUAACAUGAAAUUAGGAUGCUUUUGUACUUAGUAUGUACAUUUGGCGAUGUACACAGAAUGGGCUGAGUUAUUUUUAAAAAGGUAUUGAAUUUAAGAAGACAGGUAGUAGCACAGAACACUGAGCUAGUGUUAACAAAAGGAAGCAUUAAUUCCAAUUUUAAACUCAUUUACUAUGUGCAUCCAGGGAAGUUCACAUUUGAGCUUGAGAAUACCUUGGAUGGUGCUUACCUCAGAGCAUCAGGGAGCCAGCUGGAGGGACAGUGGGAAGGAAGUCAGCGCUGCUCUCCUUGGUAAAUGUUAGCUGAACUAAAUUUCUUUCAAACAUGUGAUACCUUCAGUAUGCCCCAGUGAAAUGAAUAAGAGCUGUUCUCAAACUGGGAACUUUAUUCAUGAUGUUGAAGGCAGAAGAUUCUGCUAAGGAAAAAAGCAGGAGGAAAAGCUGCUUUGAAAAACACUUCAUUCUUUUUUCCAAACAUUGCAGAAAAUGUAUAAUCUCAUUCUCUUUCCCUAUUUUAAAAUUCAUGAUCUUAAAAGGUGUUCAGAUGUAUAGUGGUUAAAGUUAGAAUUAUGCUAAUAGAGUGGUGUGAACUGAUGCUUAGAAUAUAAAUUUAUGUUCUAAGUCAGGAUCGGAUUAAGCUGCAAAAGUACGUUUAGAAUCUUGGAAACAAACCAACCAUAAGCUUAUAGCCCUAAAAUUCAUAAACACUAAAUUCUGUUUCAAAAGAGAGGUAGAUAUCUUUUUUUUUAAGUUUUGUAACGCUGUCCUCUUGAUGGUUUAUCUUUUAGAAUCGAGGACUAUUAUAAUCAAACAGGUCAUUGGAAGGGUUUUUGAUCAGUCCUAAGCUGGGCGUGCCUAGCUAACAUCUAAAGGUAGAUGUGGGUACAUUUUAAUAUUAUAAAACUAAGAAAAUCAGAACUGAGUACCAUUUCCUGCCCCCCUUCUUCCACUUCUUAAAUAUUGGGUUGGCCAAAAAGUUCGUUCUGGUUUUCCACACCAUCUUACAAAAAACCUGAACGAAAUUUUUGGCCAACCCAAUAUAUAUUUUCCAUAGUUUGGGCGAAUAUGGGUAUAGAGAUUUCAUUCUAGAAUUGUUAUUUAAUAUGAAGCUGUAUUAUGGGUUUUGGGGGUAAAUAAUUUUCUGUGCAAAACAUUAAUAGGAUCUGAUUUACUCAGAGUAUUGCUCAAUAAUUUAUUAAUAAGGCAUUUCUCCCUAUUUGCACUCAGGAUUAAUAAGUCAAAUGAAAUUUAAUAAGGAAAUGGGAGAAUUCAGGUACAUCCUAUUAUUUUGGGAAAGAUGAAUCCUAUACAUGGCAAAAAUUCCGUGUCACCUGAAGGCAACAUGUUCUUCCAAAGAAAUCCAUCCUUCCCUUUCUUUAAAAAAAAAAAAAAGGCUUUUGGCCUUCCUCUCCCAUCCACCAUGUUCCUUCACCCUCCCUUCUCCACAGCUUCCGUAUUCUUGUUUGACCAUUACCUGACCACACCUCAAAUAAUGGUAAACAGCAUCUAUCAGUGAGCUGUCUUAUGUGAGUCGUCUUGUGAGCUUGGGCUUCAGGAAACAUGAGUCAAGGUAUAUGUAUAUAUAUAGUCAUAUAUGUAUUCUAACAAGAAAAAAUGUAUUUAUUUUGACACAGGGAAACACUGUUGCUGAAGAACCUGAAGCUAGGAAAAGGUUCUCUUAGUCUCUGAGAGUAAAUCUAAGUGACAUAAAGAUAUCCAUUCAGCAAACACCUCCUGUGCUAGCCAGGGCCGACGCCCGAGGCGCAUAGACCAGCCUCGUGAGAUGGUUGUACAGGGGAAGGCCAGCUUUCCCCCUUCGACGCCUCAAGUCUGGGUUGAAAAGGUGAGGGCUGGAUACUAUACUGCCACAGGUUUUUAAGGAACUAAGGUGUUACUCACAAAUACAAAAUGUCUGGGGGGGAACUGGGAAUAACUUGCUGGGAAGUUAAUUUAUUUGCUUCAAAGAGAGGUGUAGGAACCACUACCCUCUGUUUUGAUCUGCCAAGGAUUUCCUCUCAGAGCUGUUGCACAAAUAGAGGUUGUGCUUGGUAAGAUACCAAACAAGACAGAUAUGCACCUAAAUUUCUAAUGUGUUCUAUGGGUUUCGAUUCUGAAAGAAAGAAAAUGAAUAAAGAUUUUAAUAAGUA